AUGUCGUCUGCAAGCCUUGCUUUUGACCCUCCUUACAAGGACGUUUUUGCUGACAAAAUUACAGACAACGAUGACAAGUUAAGCCUUCUCAUUGCCAAGUGGGACACUGUCCACCAGUUCGCCUUUCCAAGCAGGUAUGUCAGUGGUAAGUUCCGGAGAAUCCAAACACAUUGGUUUAAUGACUACUUCUGGCUUCGUUAUUCGCAAUCGGCCUGCGGCGUCUACUGUGCCCCAUGCUACCUGUUUGCAGGAAGUGUUACGAGAUCGUUGGUGUCAUCUGUGGCCAGCGACCCUAGCAACUUUGGGAAAACACUGUCCAGACAUACGAAAUCUGAACUACAUGUCAACUCUGUGGAGGCUGCGGAGAACUUCAGGAGCAUCAUGUCUGGUGAACAAAAAGACAUUGUAGCGUCAAUGUCAUCGUCGUACAAUGUCCUAGUGGAAAGGAACCGGCAAAUAUUACAUGCAAUUGUAGAAACAAUAAUACUAUGUGGAAGACAAAAUCUGUCAUUGAGGGGACAUCGUGAUGAAGAUCGCGGAAAUUUCAAGGCACUGCUGGAAUAUCAAGCGAAGCAUAAUGCUAUUCUUAAGGACCAUCUCGAAAACGGCGACCCAAGGACGAAGUAUACCUCCAAUAAGAUUCAAAAUGAGAUAAUCGUCAUAUGUGGUGACCAGAUAAAAUCUAAAAUAGUCGAAAGUUGUAACAGUGUUCCAUUUUUUGGCUUCAUUGCAGACGAGGCAACGGACGCAUCAACGAUGGAGCAGAUGGCCCUUUGUCUGCAGUUAUUUUGA